AUGAUAUUUAGUCGCACAGCAUUGCAGGCGCCAUUAGCUGUGGAUUCACCUGCCUCCGCAUCGUCAUCGCCAUUAGCCCGUCUUUCAAGGUCCCUCGCGUCGUUUCCUUCCUCGCUCGCGGCCUUACCUCGCGGCGCGUGCGCGAAGCUCGCGCGGCCGAUGUUCGAGUCGCACCCUAUCGAGAGACUACUAGGCGCUCCGGAUGGGCCGACGUCCGUCAGCACCUCCGUCUGCACGUCGUCAGCAGUCACGGCCGCGGCGGCCGCGGCGUGCUGUCUGCCGCGCAGACGCAGUAUCUCCACGAUUGACCGCUCGCCGUCGAGCGACGCCGCGCCUCGUUGCUCCACGCGGGCCGCUAUCAUCAUAGGCCGGAGCGUUCGACGAGCAGCCGCGGAAACUUUUCAGCUGACCAGCCUCACAGUGCAACUGCUACAGUUCCUCGGGCUCGGGCUCAACUGGAUGUCCAAGUUCUUUCUCCUCAUGACCUAUUCGCUCCUGCUCAUGCCCGGCUUCCUCCAAGUCAUGUGGUACUAUUUCUUCUCCCCCAACGUUCGUCGCAGCAUACCCUACGGCCGACUACCGCGCAACAGCUUGGAUAUAUUCGUCCCCGGCACCCCCUCCCCGCACCCUCGCCCCGUCGUUAUCUUCAUAACUGGAGGCGCGUGGAUCAUAGGAUACAAGGCCUGGGGCACGCUAUUAGCACAGGCGUUAGAGGAACGCGGCGUGAUUGUAGCGAGUAUAGACUACAGGAACUUCCCGCAGGCCACCGUCAGCGGUAUGCUCGACGACGUGACACGUGGCAUCGGCUGGGUGCUGCAAAAUAUUCACCGGUACGGCGGCGACCCGAGUCGCGUGCACCUCGCGGGGCAGUCGGCCGGAGCGCACUUGUCGUCCGUGGCGAUUAUAAGACAGGCUUUGAUGCGCGCUGCGGAAGCGCCGCCUUCGGAGCAGCAGCAUAAUCUGUCGCCCUUUGAUCGCAACUUGCAUGAGCAGCAGCAGCAGCAACAACAACAGCAGCAGCAGCAGCAGCAGCAGCAGCAGACGACUUCUGCAGGAGACUGCUCGUGUUCAGGAGUAGGGGUAGUUGUUAGUGUAGCGGAAACUCCAGCAGCAGCAGGACAAGAAGCGUUGAUUCGCUUUCCGUCUGUAUUCCCCUUCGUGGCAGCAGGCGCUGCUUCCGCGAAAGUUCAUCCAGUCGACGCCUGUUCUGCCGCUGUCACUAUUCCCGACGUCCCCGUUACAAGAUUCCCCGAUUCUGGAAAUCGCGCCCCUGCCGCCCUCCCCGACUUAGCCACUUGCGCCGCCUCUGGUCCCCCCGCGUCCCCUUUCCCCCUCCCCGCCGCUUCUGUCUUUCCGCCCGUCGCUUCCGCCGGUUCCCCCGCCGACCCGCAAGCAGCGCCACCCGCGGGGCUGCGCGCGGAGAUAGAGGCGGCGGCGGAAGCGCUGCGCGCUAGGACGCCGCUAUUCCGCUCGCUGUCGAUGCGGAGGCUGCUGGCGCACCUGGCGGGGAGCGGCGGAGCGGAGGGGAACGAGCCGGGGAGGGGCGUGCUUGACGUGUGGGGCAGCGAGCAAAUCAAAUCUUUCAUUGGCGUCUCGGGAUGCUACAACCUGAUCAACCUGGCACCACAAUUUGAGUCCAGGGGCAUGAACCCCUACCUCUUCCUCUCCAUAUUCGAGGGCGAGGAGUCCCUCCCCCUCUUCUCCCCCGAGCUCCUCAUGUCUCGCCCCACCUUCAAGGCCGCUGCAUCCCUGCUGCCCCCCGUGCACCUCUAUCAUGGGGUGGACGAUAUAUCCGUUCCUUUCACUGCCAGUGAGGACUUUGGAGCAGCGCUGCAGACAGCAGGAGUGGAGACGAGAGUAAAGCUGUACAGUGGCAAGGGGCACAUCGAUCUCACUCUUCAGGAUCUGUUUCGGGGCGGCAGAGACGAGCUGGUGGAAGAUAUUUUGGACAUUGUGCAUGCCGUGGAUAGGCACAGCCUCAUUCACAGCCACAUUCACAGCCACACCCACAGCCACAGCCACCAAUCAAAUUCUGCCACGUCGGCAUUGGAUCUUGCAGCAGAAGCUGCAUGCCCUUCAAAGUCCGCCCCAGGCACCUCUGAAGCUACUGCUGCUGCAUCUCCCGCUACUGUGCCGCCUGGAUUGAGUGGUUUUGCGACGUGUCAGAGAUCAAUUUCUGCUGCUGUCAUUGUUCCUGGUGAAAUCGCUACCCAGUGUCCAGCUUUGCAGUGCUGUGGAGCUGGGGAGACGAAUUUCAGUUCUCAGGAUUCUGGAAAGCGAACUGCGUAUGCUGGAGGCGAUGUUGAUGCUGCCACUUCUGGAUUGUUGCCAAGACCGGGAAUGCAAGAGCCAGUUGCUGUGGGGGCGCGAGCAGGAGCACUGGGACCAGAGCGCAAGUGGAUGGUUCCGAAAGUGCUGCUGAGCGCAGCUAAAUUCAUUAGCCCGUUUUAG